AUCUUACUUCUUUUAAAAAAUACGUAGUAAAAUAAUGUUGAUAAAUUUCGCGUUAUCACUUUAAAAUUUGAAUGUUCGAAGGCUUCCUUUUUUUUUUCAAAAUCUCAUUUUGGCGAUAAUGAUCAAUUCGUACAAUGUUCGCGCGUAAAAAAACCGGUAAUUUCGCAAAUCUAAUAAUCAAUGACCGAGACUGCGAAUGUUCCCUGCCUCUUCGAAAGUCUUUCAUCUCGCCGGCAGAAGGCGCCGCCAUCGUAGACCUCACUGAUAAACAGCUCAUGUCACAAAGAGACGCGAGCCGUCGCGACGACGCAAACGGAGUACCUCCGACGUAGAAUUCUCACGUGCAUUUUCACACAUUUCCGGUCACUUUUAGUGAACCCGCCGCGCUCGAGAAAUACGACUUUCGGUGAAUCUUGUGAAUCGUUUGACCGUCGAAGGCCAGGAAAAAUUGAGAGAAACCGGGACGUAUUUCAUGCGACUGUAGUCCCAUCGCAGAGCAGCAGGGUGGAAGAUGACGUCACCAAAGAAUGUCAAGGCAAGUAAGAUGGAAACUGCAACUAGAAGCUGGACAGCGAGACCGAUUUUAAGCCGGGAUUUUAUGGAAGUCCCUCCAUUGCAGGAGGUCUACAUCGGUAUCUUGAAGCAACGGAAGGAUACCUCCAAGGCGAUUAAAAACAUAACUGCCAUUUUGCCAGGAUUCGCUCAUUUGAAACGCUGUUUCAACGGCAAACUGCUUCUGGCUCCGCUUCGUUCAGAUAAAUCAUUAGGUGAGAAAGGCGAAAACAUUUCUCUCGAUGAAGAACAACUUAAGACCCAGCUGAAGGAAAGAGGAUUUGAGCUCUCCUUGCUGGAGGAAAAAUUCCAGGUAACGAAGGUGCCAGCCAAGUCGCCAAAAACGAAGUCACAGGCUAGCGAAGCUUCGAAAAUCUGGCCGGUAAACUUUCAUCCCGAUCAGAUGAUCGAAAGCCUGAUCGAUGGUUCGAUCUUCGAUGAGGAUUGUUUGCACGCGAUUGAACGAAUCAUGUUGAUGGUAAUAGAAGCUGCCAAAUCGGAGGCGAUCGGCAACAAGCGUUGUACCGGCGCUGCGGUAAUUGUCGAUCCCGAGGAUGGAAGAAUCCUGACAGUGGCCGCCGCGAGAAUCGAUAAACAUCCCAUGUGGCAUGCCGCUAUGCUGGCGGUGGAUCUCAUUGCUAGACUUCACGGUGGUGGCGCGUGGCAAUUGAACGAUGAGGAAUGCCAUGGUCUCACGAAGAGGCGAAUAAACGAAGUCGACGAGAAAGAUAUACUCGGUGACGAAAGGAGUGAUACAAACGCCAUGACUGAAGAUCAUAGCUUGAUGAGACGGUUGAGAAAAAUCAAAAGGAGAUACGAGGAAGAAACACCGCUUUGUUAUCCGAGAUCUCUAUCCUCGCUACAGUUUCCGGUUCAAACAUCCCUCAAGAUGACGCAAGUCGCGCGGAAGGGACGAAGAAACAAUGGUACUAAAAUCGAGAGCUCAAAGCAAGAGGAAUGCGAAAGUAACGCGAAGAAGUGCGGGCCGUAUCUUUGUACGGGUUAUUGGGCAUUUCUGUUAAUGGAACCGUGUCCUUUAUGCGCCAUGGCGUUGCUGCAUUCCAGAGUCUCGCGAAUCUUCUAUGGCAUUGCCAAUGAAACCGUCGGAGUUUUGGGCUCCAAGGCAAUUUUACAUACAUUGCCAGGUUUAAAUCAUCGAUAUCGAGUCUGGAAUGGAAUCUUGGAACGAGAGUGUCGACAAACGGUGGAAGAAAUCAACGCACAUAGAGGUCGCAGCUGAAUGACAAAUUUGACAUGGUUCCAUUGAAAGAUAAUAAUGUUCUAAGUAACUACACGGACAAUUGAUCAUCGCAGACUUUGAGACUAAAGAAGAUAUUGAUGCAGUCGAACAGAACAGGAGACAAACAGGAACGAGGCGUUGUUGACGUACUCUGUUCGUUUGUCAUACUUACUAAUGACUUCUCAUGUGAAUUACGUUAUCUAUGCAUACAGAUGACAUAUUAUAAUGACAUUUUUGUGAUACGUUAUCUCACUUGCAUAAUACGUUGUUCAUCCGACAUUAAAAAAUAAAUUUACUUCCAUAGAAGAAAGUGC